AUGUUCUCAAGAUCUAUAUUAAGUCGUAUGGUCUCUAAGACUACUACUCGUCAAGUGUCUACAAUUACCGGUAAAACCGCAAAGUCCGUCAAUAAUAAGUUUUUAAUAACUGGUGCUGCAUUAACUGGUAUUACAGCUUCAGGUUUACUAUAUGCAGAAUCAUUGACUGCUAAUGCAAUGACUGCAGCAGAACAUGGUUUGCAUUCUCCUGAAUUUGAUUGGCCACAAAAUGGCCCAUUUAGUACAUUUGAUCAUGCUUCCAUUAGAAGAGGUUAUCAGGUCUAUAGAGAAGUCUGUGCUGCUUGUCAUUCCUUAGAUAGAGUCGCUUGGAGAACUUUAGUUGGUGUCUCCCAUACAAAUUCCGAAGUUAAAGAUAUGGCUGAAGAAUUUGAAUAUGAUGAUGAACCUGAUGAUAAUGGUAAUCCAAAGAAGAGACCAGGUAAAUUAGCCGACUAUAUUCCAGGUCCUUAUCCAAAUGAACAAGCUGCAAGAGCCGCUAAUCAAGGUGCUUUGCCACCUGAUUUAUCUUUAAUAGUUAAAGCUAGACAUGGUGGUUCAGAUUAUAUCUUCUCUUUAUUAACUGGUUAUCCAGAAGAUGCUCCAGAAGGUGUAACAUUACCUGUUGGUUCUAAUUAUAACCCAUAUUUCCCAGGUGGUUCAAUUGCUAUGGGUAGAGUAUUAUUCGAUGAUUUAGUCGAAUAUGAGGAUGGUACACCUGCUACUACAUCACAAAUGGCAAAGGAUGUUACACAGUUUUUGAAUUGGUGUUCUGAACCUGAACAUGAUGAAAGAAAGAGACAAGGUCUAAAAGCUAUAAUCAUUCUAUCAUCCUUGUAUCUAUUAUCUGUUUGGGUCAAGAAAUUCAAAUGGGCUGGUAUUAAGACCAGAAAAUUCACUUACACUCCACCAAAACCAAGAAAGUAA